GCAGUAAGGAGCCUUGCGGUGGUCAGCCAUCACUUCCUGCUGUCGGACAACUUCUCACGCCAUCCGGAAGGGGCUCUCAUAUCGAACAAACAGCAUCGACGAGCUGAAAUGCGAGCAUAGAGAGACAAUACACCCACUGCGAGCAUCCGGUCCAUCUCCCAGUCCGCCACCCCUCCCUGCCGACCCUCGACGAGACUAGACGAUAGACGACAUGGCCACCUUCCGCACGAGACCCGUCGCUAUGAGCCUCCUGCCCUUCGUCUUCCUCCUCCUCAGCGGCACAGUCAAUGCCCAUGGUGGCCACGACGAAGUCCCCGAGGGCGAAGCCAUCUCUCCCGAACCCAUCGACAGCACACUAUGGGUACAUAUCCUCGUCCAAGCCUUCGCAUGGGGCAUCCUGUUCCCCACGGGCAUGGUCCUUGGCCAGGUUCGAUCUCGCUGGCACGUUCCAGUACAAAUAGCAGCCACCGCGAUCGCCGUGCCUGGAUACUUCCUCGGACACGCGCAUAAAGGACGACAAUUCGGGCCCAAUGCGCAUGCAAAGUUCGCGAACUUGCUCAUGCUGAUCCUGAUAGUCCAAGUGGGAUUAGGGAUAUACCUCAAGAUGCAUAUUGAGCGAGGGUUCUUGGGGACAAUUCGCAAAGGAUUGGUGAAGGCCCACGGGAUAUUGGGUGGCCUGCUUCCAGUGGUCACCUGGGUUCAAUUCCUGUUCGGAGGCAUCGCUGCGCAAGGUUUCUGUCAAGGAGACCAUCUGGGACAAUGUCUGGCGCAUUUCAUCAUGGGCUCAGCAUUCAUCGCGUAUGGAAUUGUCAUGGUGAUUCUGCUGCUGAACGGUCAGCCAUUCCUCGCAAGGACAGGCAGAAGCCAAGAGUUCUGGGACAGCUUGAUCAUUGCGCUUUGGGGAUGCGUGAACACAUUCACGGAACACAGAUGGGGAGGCCCAUGGGUCGCGAACGAUCUGCAACACACCUCGAUGGGCAUCAUCUGGUGGGCUGCCGGUCUUGUCGGUAUUUGGCUUUCGCGAGACAGGCAGGGUCGGCCAAAGAGGAACCUCAUUCCUGGGAUUGUCAUCUUCAUGACUGGUUGGGGAAUGUCUGGACACCCUCAGAAUCUGGCGCUGAGCACCCACGUUCAUUCCGUCUUUGGAUAUACCCUCAUGGCCGCUGGACUCACCAGGAUCAUCGAGAUCUCCUUUGUGCUCAAAGACAAGAAUACUCUGGUCGGUCCAGAAGGAGGCGAUGUUGAUCUCGAGAUCAACAGCUUCCAGUAUUUGCCGCCAUUCUUGCUCUUCGCUGCUGGCUUCAUGUUCAUGGGUGCCACAGAGGAGCAGAUGGCUCUGCUGGCAAGCAACAACGUCACCCAUGUGUCGUACAUCCUGAUCCUGUACAGCAUCGCAUUCCUGUUAUUUUUGUUUGUAAACAUGCUCAUCAGCCUAUACUCCGCAUAUAAAGACCCGAAUGCCUCCACGGCGAUCAAGCUUGAUGAUGAGGAACGACCUCGAGCGAAUGGCCAUGCCAGAAUUCCAAAUGCUGCAGAUCGACAGGCUGCAGACGCUGAAGAAUUCGAGCUCGAAGGUCUAAUGAGCGAUGAUGAUGAUGAUCAUUCCAAGUUGAACGGGAAGCCCAGAGCCGCACAGACAUAGAAGUAUUAUAUAUCCCCUUUCCAGCGUACGUAUAGCAUCGAACGAGAGAGAGACUCUUUUCACGCCCUUUCCAGUUGAUUUGAGAGCAAGAAAAUUCGCUGAGCAAGAAGAAGGAAUAUUGCAAGGAAUCCUGAGAUAUCGACCCGGACGUAUAAUCAAUCGACACACAAGGAAAAGGAAUCAAGGGAAGUAUGGCAGUCUCUAACAUCCCUUCUCUUGGGCCGUAAAAUGGGAGUAUACGUAUAACAGCCUUCGGAAAGUACUUACCAAGUACGCCAGCAGCACCAUCGGAUGCGGAAUCUUGCAGACUUGCAGUAUAUGGUCUUCCAGCUAAGAAAGCAAGCGAACUUGUUGAUGACUACGGCAUCUGGAUUGUGAUGCGAGCUGUCAGUUGCGACUCUCCAACUUAUGGAUGCACCAGCUGAGGCAAAUCUUCGAGCAGAAUCUGCCCGUGCUAAUGGCCGCAGCGACCAAGCAAGGGUAUCUUCCAGCUGCGCAAGCCUAUCACUUGGGUUCUGGUAUGGCCCCUUACCGGUUUUCAGACCUUAUUCCUUGCUGGGCAUGGCCUCCAAUGUUACGGUUCCAUCUC